CCAUUUUUCUCCAUUUAUUACAGGGCACCGUGCUUGUGUAGUAUAACAGAGAAUGUUGCGAUCACUUUAAUAAGCCUGCAACUUUUCGCCAAGUUUUAUUUGGGUGUUCAAGCAUUCACAUCACCGCAAACUGGACACACACCAUGUUUGUGUCUACCACUACAAAGUUUUUUCGAUGACAUCCCUGUCUGGAUAGAUGAUUGUCUAAACUGUCGUACAAAUGGAAAUGGUGCCUAGCGAGGAGAACCAGUUCGUACCCAAAGAGAUACAUAAUGCAGCUGAGGAGCCAAGAGUGCUGUGCAUAAUUCAGGACAUUACCAGUGCAAAGACGAUCAAUGAGAGGCUGACUCUCAAUCUGCCUGCCUCCACUACUCUCUCUAAACUUUAUGAGGAUGUUGCCCAAAAAGCUGGAUAUGUGAAUGGCACUUUUGAUUUGGUCUGGGGGAAAACUCUGAACAUGGCACCGCUGGAGCAUAACAGUGAGAUGUCCCUGUCUGAUUCUGGCUUUGAACCUGGUGGUAAGAAAAAUUUUCUCCAGGUUUCAGAUAAAGACGGAGAGCAACCACAGGUUGCAUCGGAUGAAUCAGGAACAGCAGAAAGCAGUGGGCUGGAGGAUAGUUCUCAGGAGCGGUUCAUCGGGCCUCUGCAGAGAGAUGGCAGCGCUGGUGGCAGCGGUGACUACAGCAGCCCAUCAUACUCCUACUCAUCCAUCCUCAGCAAAUCUGAUACAGGUUAUGUUGGUUUGGUUAACCAAGCAAUGACUUGCUAUUUAAACAGUCUCCUCCAAACUCUUUUUAUGACUCCAGAAUUCAGAAACGCUCUCUACAACUGGGAGUUUGAGGAGUCGGAAGAGGAUCCCGUCACAAGUAUUCCCCAUCAGCUGCAAAGGCUCUUUGUUCUGCUGCAAACAAGUAAGAAACGGGCGAUUGAAACAACCGACGUGACUCGGAGCUUCGGGUGGGAUAGCAGCGAGGCCUGGCAGCAGCAUGACGUCCAGGAACUGUGCAGGGUCAUGUUUGAUGCCCUGGAGCAGAAGUGGAAGCAGACUGAACAGGCUGAUCUGAUCAACCAGCUGUACCAGGGAAAGCUGAAGGAUUAUGUACGUUGCUUAGAGUGUGGAUACGAGAGCUGGAGAAUCGACACCUACCUUGACAUCCCUCUGGUGAUAAGACCCUUUGGAGCCAGUCAGGCCUAUGGAAGUGUGGAGGAGGCCUUGCAGGCGUUCAUCCAGCCUGAAACCUUGGAUGGCCCCAACCAGUACUUCUGUGAGCGCUGCAAAAAGAAAUGUGAUGCCCGAAAGGGUCUGAGGUUUCUGCACUUUCCCUACCUGCUGACAUUACAGCUUAAAAGGUUUGAUUUUGACUACACCACUAUGCAUCGCAUCAAGCUCAACGACCGCAUGGCUUUCCCCGAGGAGCUCGACAUGAGCCCGUUCAUUGAUGUGGAAGAUGAGAAAUCACCUCAGACAGAGAGCUGCACUGAUAGCGGGGCAGAGAAUGAAGGCAGUUGCCACAGUGACCAAAUGAGCAACGAUUUUUCCACCGAUGACUGUGUUGAUGAGGGUAUCUGCCUGGACAGCACCAGUAGCACAGAGAAGGCACUGAAGCCAAAGAGCUUGCUGACCUUUGAGUUAUUCUCUGUCAUGGUCCAUUCGGGGAGUGCUGCAGGCGGACACUACUACGCCUAUAUCAAGUCCUUCAGUGAUGGCCAAUGGUACAGCUUCAACGAUCAGCAUGUUAGCAAGAUCACCCAGGAUGAUAUCAGGAAGACAUAUGGGGGGUCCUCAGGGAGCAGAGGCUAUUAUUCCAGUGCCUUUGCAAGUUCUACAAAUGCUUACAUGCUGAUUUAUAGAUUGAAAGAUCCCUCAAGGAACGCAAAGUUCCUAGCUGUGGAGGAUUUCCCAGAGCACAUUAAGAGUUUGGUUCAGAAGGAGAAAGAGUCAGAGGAGCAUGAGAAGCGCCUGAGGGAGAUUGAACGCAACACUUGCAAGAUCAAGCUCUUCUGUGUGCAUCCUGUCAAAAUGAUGAUGGAGAGUAAGUUGGAGGUUCAUAAGGAUAAAACCCUUAGAGAAGCAACAGAAAUGGCCUACAAGCUGAUGGAGCUGGAAGGAGUUGUCUCUCCUGACUGCUGUCGCUUAGUAAAGUAUGAUGAGUUUCACGAGUACCUGGAGCGGUCCUACGAAGGCGAGGAAGACACUCCUAUGGGGCUUCUGCUUGGAGGCGUGAAGUCCUCCUACAUGUUUGACUUGCUCCUUGAGACACGUCGUCCUGAUCAGGUCUUUCAGCCGUACAAACCUGGAGAGGUAAUGGUGAAGGUUCAUGUUGUUGAUCUGAAGACUGAGACCAUCGGCCUUCCAGUCAGCGUUCGAGCGUACCUGAACCAAUCCAUAUCCGAAUUCAAACAACUUUUAGCACAGGCAACAGGUCUAUCUGCAGAAACAAUGCGAGUGGUCUUGGAGCGAUGCUAUAAUGACCUUAGGCUUCUCUACGUUCCACACAAGACGCUGAAAGCCGAGGGAUUCUUCAGGAGUAACAAGGUUUUUGUCGAGAGCUCAGAGUUGACGGAUCAUCAGGUUGCUUUUACCGAAUCGCUCUUGUGGAAACUAUUGGACCGCCAUGGGAACACGAUCCGUCUGUUUGUCCUGCUGCCCGAGCAGUCUCCUGGUACUUUGGCCAACAGAACUCUUUGCCAAAAAGCAGGAGAAGACUCUGAUGGUCCCUUUGAAGGAUCAAAGGGUAUCAGGAAAUCUGUAGACGCUAUACUGGAGGCCAGCACAGAGAAGUUAAAGAACCUGUCUCUACAGCAGCAGGGUUCCAGUGCUAGUGACAGCCAGAAAAGCUCCGACACCAGUGACUUUGAACACAUUGAGUCACCGACUCAGGAGGCGGAAUCGACCUCUUCACUGUGCAUGGCCGCAGACAGCAGGGAGCUAGAGAACCGGAUAACUGAGUCCUCUGAGGAGAACCAGUUUGUUUGCGAGGAGCGGUCAGACUCUGAGGUGAACAACGACCGCAGCACUAGCUCAGUGGACAGCGACAUCCUGAGCUCCAGCCACAGCAGCGACACGCUGUGCAACGCUGACAGCGGCCCCAUCCAGCUGGCCAACGGCCUGGAUUCACACAGUAUCACCAGCAGUCGACGUUCCAAAGCCAACGAGGGCAAAAAGGAGACCUGGGACACGGCAGAGGAAGACUCUGGGACGGACAGCGAGUAUGACGACAACGGGAAGAGUAAGGCAGAAGCUCAGUACUUGUACUUCAGAGCAGAGCCUUAUUCUCCGGAUGACGCUUCCUGUGACACGCAGAAAUGUUUAGUGGUUCAUGUGGACAAAAGAAUAACGUUAGCAGCAUUCAAACAGAACCUGGAGCCGUACGUCGGAGUCCCUUCGUCCCAGUUCAAGGUGUUUCGAGUGUACGCCAACAACCAGGAGUUUGAGAGUGUACGGCUCAACGAGACGCUCUCAUCAUUCUCAGAUGACAACAAGAUAACCAUUCGACUGGGAAGAGCAUUAAAAAAGGGUGAAUACAGAGUCAAAGUGUUUCAGCUGCUUGUCAACGAACCAGAGCCAUGCAAGUUCCUUGUGGACACAGUGUUUGCUAAAGGCAUGACUGUAAGACAGUCCAAAGAGGAGGUGCUCCCUCAGUUAAAAGAGCAGUGUAAGCUCGACCUCAGCAUCGACAGGGUUCGUCUCAGGAAAAAGACAUGGAAAAACCCAGGGACGGUGUUUUUGGAUUACCAUGUCUAUGAGGAAGACAUCAACAUUUCCUCUAACUGGGAGGUUUUCCUGGAAGUUCUUGAUGAUUCAGAGAAGAUGAAGUCCAUGUCACAGCUGGCUAUUUUGACUCGGAGGUGGAGCCCUGCUACUAUGAAGCUGGGACCCUUCCAGGAGGUGAUUCUGGAGAGCAGCACUGUAGAAGAACUCAAGGAAAAGCUCAGUGAAAUGAGCGGUAUUCCUUUGGAAAACUUGGAAUUUGCAAAGGGUAGGGGAACAUUUCCAUGUGAUAUAUCCGUGUUGGAAAUCCACCAGGAUCUGGACUGGAACCCAAAGGUGACGACUCUGAAUGUGUGGCCUCUAUACAUCUGUGAUGAUGGAGCCGUGGUCUUCUACAGAGACAGCCGAGAAGAACCUCUGGAGCUGUCGGAGGACGAGCGUAACGAGCUGAUGAAGAAGGAGAGCAGCCGUCUGCUAAAGACAGGACACCGCGUCAGCUACUCCCCACGCAAAGAGAAGGCGCUAAAGAUCUACCUGGACGGCGGCCCUGUGAGGGACCCGGGUCAGGACUGAAGCACAGACACAAACCACUCUCGGCUGAUUGGAUGGCCUGGCAGUUGGGGGUCCACCAGGCGUCUGCACUUUGACGCCGCAGUGGCUGGAAAUGGAGCAGCAUUGUGAGGCGCGUGUUCUCACAGAGCUGAUUCAGAACCCCCGUUAUGUACCAUAGUGUAAUGUACUGUAAAUCUAUGAGGACGUUCAGAAGCUAAUUUUACAGAGAAGACUCCAAUACUGUAUAGACAAAUCACAUGACGUGGAGGUGUACAGGAUAGGACUGUAAAACCAGUUAGCAAGGCAUCCAUCCUGUCUUUGUAAGAGUCCUGUGUGCUUUGAAAUCAAACUUCCUGUUAUUCUGUGUCCAUGUCUGAGCUGAACAGUGUUAAUUCUUGCUUCUCUGCAUCUUCUUCUACUGUUCUCAUCCUGCGCUGACCAUUUCUGAAUGCUUUAGGAGAAACAGCUCUUGACCCAGCCUUCCUCCUCUCCAUAACUUGGAAGUUAAACAUCAUUCACAGGUUUUGAGGUGAACAAAAGCAACAAAUGUCACUCUAACACCCACAUUAUGUGCUUUGGUUUGCUGCUUUUCAUCCCUUGCUUCAUGUAGUGAUUUCAUAGGCUGUCGGUCCUUUCAUCAUAAAGUACAAUGAAGCAAAUCCAAGAUUUCUGCUACUGUUUAAGUUAUUCAUUUGCUUCAGACCCUGUCAUUACAGUUAGGUCUUUAGCAGGUCACACAUCUGCUGUCUGUUUAGUUAUAUUUUUAGAAGAUCUGUUUGUUGUUUUUUUUUGUUGUCUUUUGCACUUUGUUAGCUAAACAUCCACAGCAUGGGUCAUCGUUGUCCUGUCUGGUGGGGACUCUUUGGGUUUUUGUCAGGGGUGCACUAAGUUUAUCUGGGUCUUUCGACGCUUCUAUUUGGUGCAGCUUGAUAGACUGACGGCAAAUAGCCUCCUGUCCGGGUUAACACCCCUGAACUGAAACUCAGCAUUCAGGCUACCCUGGACUCCUGGUUGCCACCAGCUUUUCACUGCAGAAGUGUCGAUGUUGGAGAAUUCUUUCUUUGAUGUUUAUUUCUUUGAAAUUUGAGAUCAUAUGUGAAAAUAACUAAAGA